GGCAGUUUGAGCCAUUUCUGGAGCAAAAUGAACAACUAGAUAAAUUGUUUUUGGAUACCAAUCAAUUGAACUGAUUCAUUCAAUUAUUUUUGUGUAAAUAAUUUUAUUGGCUAUUUUUAAAAGAUAGAUCUCUGCUGAUUUUCCCGUCUGUUUCUCCGAUCAAUCAAUGGGAUUAUGGGAAGCUCUUCUCAAUUGGCUUCGCAGCCUAUUUUUCAAGCAGGAGAUGGAGCUCUCUUUGAUAGGGCUUCAAAAUGCUGGGAAGACUUCGCUCGUAAAUGUUGUCGCGACUGGUGGAUAUAGUGAAGAUAUGAUUCCUACGGUAGGAUUCAACAUGAGGAAAGUGACUAAGGGGAAUGUCACAAUAAAGCUAUGGGAUCUUGGAGGUCAACCUAGAUUUCGCAGUAUGUGGGAGAGAUACUGUCGUGCAGUUUCUGCUAUUGUCUAUGUAGUUGAUGCAGCUGAUCCUGACAAUCUGAGCAUCUCAAAAAGUGAACUUCAUGAUUUAUUAAGCAAACCAUCAUUGAAUGGUAUCCCAAUAUUGGUGCUAGGGAACAAGAUCGACAAGCCAGGAGCUUUGUCGAAGCAAGCUUUGACUGAUGAAAUGGGUUUGAAGUCAAUUUCUGAUAGAGAAGUUUGCUGCUACAUGAUUUCAUGCAAGAAUUCCACCAACAUAGAUUCUGUUAUCGAUUGGCUUAUUAAGCACUCGAAGUCGAAGAGCUGAACAAUAUUAUUAUUAUUUGUAUUAUAAUACAAGGAUGCAUGUUUGGACUAUAAUUUUAGAGUUUACCUUCAUCUAACAUUCUAUGCUAUUCUUAUUCUCCCAUGAAAUGGUAUUGUUGUAAGUUUUUAUGCUGUAUGAUAGAAAACAUCUAUGCUGAGCCAUUAAACUGUUCAUAGCAUAUUCCUAA